AGAGAAGAAGAAAUAGAGCUCACAGACUCAAAUUUCUCCCUCUCUCUCUAAAAUUCUUAGGGUUUUCGUUUUUUUUUUUCCUGAAGAUUUCUAGAGAAGAUUAUCGGAGAUUUUUUUGUUUGACUGUGUCUGGUAAUGCUGUGAGGAGAAAUGGCGUUUCAAGGAAAGAAACUAAUCAACGAUCCAAAUGAUGUUGUGAUUGAGUUCAUCGAAGGUUUAAUUGAAACUUAUCCGAACUUACAGUACUUGGAUGGUUUCCCUCAGAUUAAAGUUGUUGUGCGCGCUGAUGUUUCAAGUUCAACCUAUGACAAAGUGGCAGUAAUCUCAGGUGGUGGUAGUGGGCAUGAACCUGCUCAUGCUGGAUUUGUUGGGGAAGGAAUGUUGACAGCAGCUAUUUGCGGGGAUGUUUUCGCCUCUCCGCCAGUGGACUCCAUCCUAGCUGGCAUCCGAGCUGUAACUGGUGUUAAGGGAUGCCUUCUCAUUGUCAAGAAUUAUACUGGUGAUCGGUUAAACUUCGGUUUGGCGGCUGAGCAAGCUAAAUCUGAAGGUUGUAAAGUAGAGAUGGUUAUUGUUGGAGAUGAUUGUGCUCUCCCACCACCUCGUGGCAUAGCUGGACGAAGAGGUUUAGCUGGGACUAUUCUUGUUCACAAAGUUGCCGGGGCAGCUGCAGCUGCUGGUAAAGAUCUUGCUGAUGUCACUGCUGAAGCAAAAAAUGCUUCUGAAUCGGUUGGUACAAUGGGAGUUGCUUUGUCAGUUUGCACAUUGCCUGGACAGGUCACAUCAGAUCGUCUGGGCUCAGGGAAAAUGGAGCUUGGUCUUGGAAUUCAUGGAGAGCCUGGUGCUGCGGUGGUAGACCUUCAACCUGUGGAUAUAGUGAUUUCUCAUGUUCUCAACCAAAUAUUGUCAACGGAAACUCAAUAUGUGCCAAUUACAAGAGGGGGUAGAGUCGUGCUCUUGAUUAAUGGAUUAGGUGCCACCCCAUUAAUGGAACUGAUGAUAGCUGCUGGAAAGGCAGUUCCACAACUGCAAUUGGAACAUGGACUGGCUGUUGACAAAGUGUAUACAGGAUCAUUCAUGACUUCUCUUGACAUGGCGGGGUUUUCGAUAUCCAUCAUGAAGGCGGAUGAAUCCAUAUUGAAGCGAUUGGAUGCUCCAACUAGGGCUCCUUCAUGGCCAGUUGGUGCUGAUGGAGUUCGCCCACCUGCUAAGAUUCCUCUUCCAGUUCCACCAUGUCAUGCAAGAAAGAAAGAUGAGGAACCCAGUCGUCCACAGCAACUGAACGUGCAUGGCAUUAUACUUGAGGCUGGUAUUGAAGCUGCGGCUAAUGCGAUUAUUGAUCUCAAAGAUAGUUUGAAUGAAUGGGAUGGCAAAGUGGGUGACGGUGAUUGUGGAUCAACCAUGUUUAGAGGUGCAGUGGCUAUUCUUGAGGACAUGAAGAGCUACUAUCCUCUGAAUGAUGCAGCAGAGACAGUAAAUGAAAUUGCAUCAUCCAUCCGAAGGGUUAUGGGAGGGACAAGUGGAAUCAUAUAUGACAUAUUCUGUAAGGCGGCAUAUGCGAAGUUAAAGGAAAAUAGUGAAUCAGUGGUUUCACCCAAACAAUGGGCUGCUGCACUUGAAGCAUCAAUUGCGGCUGUUAGCAAGUAUGGAGGAGCAAGUGCAGGAUAUCGCACAAUGUUAGAUGCGCUUAUUCCCGCAUCGACUGUUCUUCACGAGAGGUUGGUUGCUGGUGAUGAUCCUCCUACUGCUUUUCUUCUAUCGUCUGAAGCAGCAUCCAGUGGUGCUGAAUCAACCAAAGACAUGCAAGCACAGGCGGGUCGUUCCUCAUAUAUAUCGCAGGAGAUCCUUUCAACUGUUCCUGACCCAGGUGCCAUGGCAGUAGCAGCAUGGUACAGAGCUGCAGCACUAGCUGUGAAGGACAAGUGCCAAUAGUUAUAAGAUGAAGAAUUUCUGGUGGAGCUUUUUGUAGAGUCUUUCUCCCUGGUCCUCUCGCCUAUAGCUGCAAAUUUCAAGCCAAGUAAAAAGAAAAUAUAUUUUAGCUUUUCUUUUUCACAAUUUUUUUGUGGGAUUGUAUUACUUCAUUGGAGGCUCUCCGCAUACGCAGUUGUGUGUGUACAGCUGAGAGAGCGAGUUCCAUCGAGUUCAUUGACAAGAAAGACUUUUACCGGGUUAUUUUGGAAGUGAUAUACCCGAAACUGUACUUUAUAGUAUGUUAUUAAUUACAAGUGAAUUCUGAAACUUCAAGUUGACAGUGUUAUGGUUUUAAAUACAAAUCCAUUUACUCU